UUUUGACAAGCUUUUCGUUUUGAACACGACAAGAGGUGGGGUUUUUCCAUCAUAAAGAACUUGAAGUUGGAAUCAAUAAUCAAAAAAGAAUAACAGAGAUCGAUUGAUUGAAAGAGAAAGAAGAAAAACAAAUCAUGGAAUGCGUAUUCGGUUUAGUAGGUAAUGAUUUCGCUAUUGUUGUUGCUGAUACAUCAGCAGUACACAGCAUCCUCGUACACAAAUCCAACGAAGACAAAAUCAUGUUCCUUGAUUCCCACAAACUCAUUGCUGCAAGCGGUGAACCCGGUGACAGGGUUCAAUUUACUGAAUACAUUCAAAAGAACGUUGCUUUGUAUCAAUUCCGUAAUGGGAUCCCUCUCACCACCUCUGCCGCUGCUAAUUUCACUCGUGGCGAGCUCGCCACCGCUCUCCGCAAGAAUCCCUACUCUGUGAACAUCCUUCUUGCUGGUUAUGACAAAGAGACAGGACCAUCGCUAUACUAUAUUGACUACCUUGCAACACUUCACAAGCUUGAAAAGGGAGCUUUUGGCUAUGGUUCUUAUUUUUCACUGUCAAUGAUGGACAGACACUAUCAUAGUGGAAUGUCGGUAGAAGAAGCAAUUGAUCUUGUCGAUAAGUGCAUUAAUGAAAUCAGAUCAAGGUUAGUUGUGGCACCGCCAAACUUUAUUAUCAAAAUUGUUGACAAGGAUGGUGCAAGAGAGUAUGCAUGGCGUCAAUCAGUCGCGGACACUCCUGCUCCGUCGGCUUAAGUUAACCGCUUCUUUUCUUUCUCUGUGAUCAUUUGCAUUAAUAUGGAUGACUAAUUCUACUCAUAUCUGUGAACAUCAAUAGAAUAUUUUCAUAGUACUGUUUCUCGAAUUAUGUGGUAAUCUUGUGAACAUCAAUAGAAUAUUUUCAUAAUAUUGUUUCUAUUAUGUCGUA